GUCAUCUGCUUAUCGUAUGUUACAGACUGACAAUCAGUUUUUUACACAAAUACUAACUUUUAAAUAGUCAUGGAUGAUUAAAGUCAAAUCUGCUAUGGCUAGUUAUUGAAAGAGACGCCGCAAUGAGGUAUCGCAAAAACAGAUGUGCCUCGAGGCGUAUCUGAAGCAAGGCAGUGUUGUGGCUGUCAGCUGAUUGAGUCACUUGUCAACAAAACCCAAACUUGUUAUUCAGAGCCAGCGUAGAGGGGGAGAAAAACUCAUUGCUGAGUGGCAAGGUUUUUUCCAACAGCUUUCCGAUGGCGAUGCAGAGCUUUGAUAAGCUGCCCCUGGAAAAUGCACUGGAAGAUUCACCGCAGCUGCGAUCUCUGGUUGGUGUGUUCAGUGAGGAUGCUCAGGCCCUGCGAGACUAUGUGACCACCUUGCACCAGCUGUCCUCCAAACUUGUUGCAGCACACAACCAGCUGACAUCUGCUUACCAGGAUCUAGCAAAGCACCUCAAAGCAUAUGGCACCAUUGUACAGCCAUCAUGCAUGAAUGUUAAAUUCCCAGUGAAUGGUGAUGCUGAUGGUAUAGUUGCAUCAACACUUUCACAAUUUGCCAAACAUGUUUCUGAAAUGAGUUCUUGGGAGCACAUUGUAGCAACACAGAUUGCAGAUGGCGCAGUUUAUCCUCUGUCAAGAUUCAUUGAUACUGAACUCCAUGAGAUGGAAACUAUGGCAACUCUGUACCAGAAUGCUGGAACUGACUUGGACAGGGCCAUUACAAGAUACAGUCGUUGUCGCCGCCGGGAUCCAGAACAGGAACACCGCGAAUCGAAUGAGGAUGUGUAUGUUUCGAAAAAAAAAUUCCACCAGAUGGCUCUCCAUUACUAUUCCAAGUUGAACCUGUUGCAGUAUUCAAGGAAAUCAGCAUUGCUUGAGCCUAUGCUGGGACUCUUAGUAGCCACAAGAGCACACUAUAAUAUGGGUCAUGAUGCUCUUGUGACCCCAGAAGUGGAAGACUUCUUAGCCAACAUUUCUGUCUGUGUUAAAAGUGUUGUUGAAGACCAAGCAAAGGAAAGAGAAGACACACUGGAGCUGAUAGACUCCAUCAUUACGCAGUCACAGCUGAUGUACUAUGCCGAACCGCCUCCAGACAUCGCUUCAUUGCCACCCGAUACAACCCUCACUAAUAAAGCAGGAUAUCUCAAUGUUCAGAAAAAGUAUAUGGGUGUGAUGAGCUCUUGGGAGAGACAGUUCGUGUUCCUGGAGGGAGGAAAUCUGAUGAGUGUUGUGAAGGGCGAGGCAGCUGGAUCACUCCUCUUAGAGGUGGACUUGACAACCCUCGUUCAUGCUACAGAUACGGAUGAUCGGCGACACGUCUUCCAGGUUGCUACUAGUAAAAAAUCCGUAACCCUUCAGGCACUCAAUGACCGAGAGCGAGAUGAAUGGAUGUUAACAAUCCAUAAUUUGGCCAAGGAUGGAGGAUAUGUCAAGGAUGAGAAGGCUGCCCCAUCCUCUUUGUUCUCGGGGGUUGGCCAGUUUUUCGCUGAUAAGUUCCAUGCCGCAUCAGCUGCAAUGGGCUCAGCUCCUUCUACACCCACAACAGCAAGUGCAUCACCUCCAUCAAGCACUGCAGCUUCUGCUGCAAUGCCACAAGCUGCAGCAAUCCCACCCGACGCUCCUAUUGUGUUCGAUCUUCUCACUUCACCUGAGGAAACAUUUACGCUUAAUCUCGAUAGUCAGAAUGACAGCGAACAAGAUGUCACAGAUGAUGGUGCGGAGGGCAAAGUCGUAAAACAAGAAACUGAUAAGUUCUUCACAGUCCGCUUCCUUGGGUCUAUGGGUGUCAAUGUUGAUAAAGGUAAGUAAGAGUGCUCAUUUAUC